GGGGCUCUUGUUCGUUCAGUCAUGACGUGUGCAUGUCACGUUGCCUCCUCAUAACUGUAUCUUGACAGCCAAUCAUAAUGGCCGUAUUUCACUUCACUUACAACAGAGAUGAAACAUAAGAGCCGGCAUGCAAAUAGUUCGCGUGUUUUCACAUACGAAGAACUCGCUGAUCAUCACGAAGCAUCCGUUAUGCUUGACGUAAACAGCCAAAGGAAUACUCCAUCAGGAGCAGUGAUACGAAUGUGCAGGAUGUAUUCAAAGUUUUGAGAACCAGGCACACAGAGCAGGCCAACUCAGCAAUGAACAUGAAGGUGGUUCAUCCGAGAUUCAUUGGCGCGUGUUUCGCCGUCUCUGUGGUCUGUGGUCCUCGGGGAGAGAUGAAUCCGGGCUCUGAACGCGACGGACUGCAACUCAUGGAUUUGCUGACGGAAUCUCUCGUCAAUUGAAAUAUGUCAGAUUAUCACAGAGUGGCGGAUUCGUCUGCUUAAAGUUUACAUUUUGCUGGUCAUGAAGUUUACAUGUUGGAUUUUCUUCUGUGAUGCAGAGCUGCUUAUUUAAUAUAAAAACAAAUAUUCGUACAAAUAAUAGGGUUUAAGUUUGGCAAGACGAAUACAACUCCUUGAUGUAGAAUAAUAAAAACCUCAACUGCGAUAUCGCCAAUAAACUGAACUAUUUAUUUAGCUGAAGAAAUAAAUGUAUGACAGAUUUAAGUCCACGUGUUAAAAGUGUAGACAUCAUUUAGGUGUUUAAAAAGAAACUCGUGGUGUCGAUGAAAAGUGUUGCAGAUUACAGUUGCUAUGGCGAUGUAUGUAAUACAGUUUGGGUAGUGAAUAUAAAGUGAGCGAGGUAACGUAGUUGAAGAAAUAUCUUGUAAAAGUUCUAGUCGACAUGGUGAUAUAAAUAGAUCUAGGUAUAAAAGCAUCUGAACGUUGUAGAAUAAGCGUGUGACGAAUUCUUACCGGAAUGUCGAGAGACGUAAUAUUUCCUCUGGUGUACCUGACACUGUUAGUGUACAGAAGCGUGGUACAGUGCGAGGACCUGACGCUUCCGCAGACAGAACAAGAACAGGAAAGGAUCUCCGCUCUGCUGAAGGGCGACUUCAUUAUCGGGGCCCUGUUCUCUGUGCAUCACCAGCCGAAACAAAAGAGGGCCGGGAACAGCCUGAAAUGCGGAGGAGUGCGCGAGAUGUACGGGAUCCAGCGAAUCGAAGUCACUUUCCAGACGAUAGAUCAAAUCAACAACGAUCCAUCGAUCCUGCCCAACGUGACCCUGGGUGUGGAGAUCAGAGACUCGUGCUGGUACGCCCCAGUGGCCUUGCAGCAGAGCAUCGAGUUCAUCAGGGACGCGAUUUCGCCCUCCACUUCGGCGGAGACGUGCUCCGUCGAUCAACAGCCGAAAGAGAGGCGUUCUUUACGACCGAACGCCGUGAAGGGUCGUCGCGCUCCGCUGGUGGGUGUGAUCGGGCCUGCAUCCAGCUCCGUGGCCAUCCAAGUCCAGAACCUGUUGCAGCUGUUCCAGAUCCCGCAGAUCGGCUACUCCACCACGAGCAAGGACCUCAGUGACAAGAGCAGAUUCAACUAUUUCCUCCGCGUCGUCCCGUCUGACUAUUACCAGGCGCAGGUUAUGGUGGACAUCGUCCGAAAAUACAACUGGACUUACGUAUCCGCUGUCAACACCGAUGAAAACUACGGUCAGAGUGGGAUCCAAGCUUUCCGGGAGUUGGCAGAGAAGCUGAACGUCUGCAUCGCGAAGGAAGACUCUGUACUUAGCAACGCGGAGGAUGAGGUGUUCGACAGGGUGAUCCGAAAGUUGGACGAGGAUCAGAACGCGCGAGUUGUCGUUUGCUUCUGCGAGGGGAUGACGGUUCGAGGCCUGCUGGCGGCCACGAAGCGACUCAACCUCACCGGUCGCUUCCUGUUCCUCGGAAGCGAUGGCUGGGCGGACCGCAGUGAUGUUACUGACGGAUUCGAGAGCCAGGCGCGUGGAAGCAUAUCCAUUCGCAUCCAUUCUCCCAACGUCACGGAUUUCGACGACUAUUACUUCAGCCUGAACCCCUACACCAACAGCCGGAAUCCGUGGUUUCACGAAUUUUGGCAGCAACGCUUCAACUGUAGCAUUAAUGGCGGCCAUUACGACAGCAGCUCCAUCUCUGAGAAGACUGGCGAAUCAGCAGGGAAGAAACCGAGGUGCACAGGCAGAGAGAAGUUGAGUGACAAAUACAAAGCCGAUCCCAAAUUGUCCUUCAUUAUAAAGGCAAUCUAUACGAUGGCCUUCGGUCUGCAUCACAUGCACCAAGAUGUGUGUGGCAGAGAUGCUGUGGGACUCUGCUCAGAUCUCUUCCCAUUUAACGGGUCACUCUUUAAGAGCUACUUACUGAAUGUAACGUUCACGUAUGGAGAAGAGGAGGAAUUGGUGGAAUUUGACAGGAAAGGGGAUCCUCCUGGCAGGUACUACAUAAUGAACUUCCAGCAGCUGGCCAAUGGUAGCUACGAUUACAUCCGCAUUGGGGACUGGAACAACGGGUCUCUGGUCAUGCAAGACGACGAACUUCAGUGGCCCCGCUCGGGGGAGAAAGUGGAGUCGGUCUGCUCACAGCCCUGCCAGCCCGGAUUCUACAGGAACUUCCAGACCGGGGGUCAGGAACAGAAGUGUUGUUGGGCUUGCGUCGCAUGUGCGAUCAACGAGUUUCUCCUGGACGAUACCACCUGUCGGCCAUGCCCUACCGGAUUUCUGCCAAACGCUAACAAGACAGCGUGCGACGAGAUCGCCGCGGAGUUCGUCCAGUGGUCGGACAGCCAGGCCAUCGUCUCCAUCGCCGUCUCGUGCCUCGGGUUCCUGUCCACGGCGUUUGCCGGGGCCGUGUUCGUCCGCUACAACGACACCCCGGUGGUCAAGGCUUCGACGCGGGAGCUCAGCUACCUGAUUCUCGCGGGAAUGACUCUGAGCCACGCCGCCACCUUCCCGAUCCUCGCCGAACCUUCCUGGCUCUCUUGCAGUCUGUCUCGCCUGCUGCCUGGACUCAGCUUCGCCAUGAUCUACGCGUCUCUGUUGACAAAGACGAACCGGAUCGCCCGGAUCCUCGCCGGCUCCAAGAAGCGCUUUCCGACCAGGAAACCGCGGUUCAUGUCCGCAGCCGCCCAGGUGUUCAUCACGUGUACGCUGAUCGGCGUCGAGGCGGGCGUCUCCGUCGCGAUGCUAGUUCUGGAACCUGCCGCCCCGACUCGGCUCUUCCCUGCUCUGGACCGCGUGGUGCUCGCCUGCAACACGACUCCCCUGGGGGUCCUCGCCCCCCUGGCUUUCGACUUUCUUCUAAUAGCGCUGUGCACCCUUUACGCGAUCAAGACGCGGAACGUCCCGGAGAACUUCAACGAGGCAAAGUUCAUAGGCUUUGCCAUGUACACGACGUGCGUCAUCUGGGUCGCCUUCAUCCCCAUCUACUUCGGAAGCGACUCCAAGGUGAUAACGAUGUGCAUGUGCGUGACGCUCAGCGCCACGGUCACGCUCGUGUUCCUGUACUUGCCGAAGAUGUACAUAAUCCUCCUCCGACCGGAAAGGAACAACCGGGCGCAUUUCACCACCUCCAAGAGCAUCCGAUGUCACAUCGGGAGCCGCGUGGCCUCCGCCAUCUCCAGCAAGAGCUCCAACUCGUAUUCCGGGGCCGAAUCACCCAGGGAGAGACCCGUCGUUGCCUUCCGCAGGCCCGGGCGUCCAGACACCCUGAUCGGAAGCAAUCUCUCAGCAUCGACUGCAGUCGGAGGCAGCAGUCGAUUUGGACCGGUUUGCAACCCGCAGCAAGGUCCAGCCGUGCCCUGGCGGGCGCACGACGACACCAGUGAACUCGUAUUCGCCGGACCGGUUCCGAUGGAAACACAAUCACAGAGACGCACGCUGUCAUGCCAGACAGGCGCAGAGCUGCUCCAACACCUUCUACAGACGUACGUAACAAAGAUGCAUACGCAAGGACAACAAAAGAAUGUCGCUGACAUUUCAGUCCCGCAGUUGGCAGAACUGAGCCCUCGUGCGCUAUUGGACGGUAUCAGCACGACUCGAUUACGUCACAGCGCCGUACCCACUGCGCACAUCUUGGAAGAGAGCGCCAGUGAGCAAAGCGGUGACGAGGACAGUGGCCAAGUGAAACACAUCACCAUCAGCCUAGGCAACUGCGAGUGUCGGUCUGACAGUUCUUCGCAGUCUCCCGUCUCGUGGUCUCACGAUUCAGACUGUGCAAUGUGACGAAAUUAAAACAAACGACGAAUGCGUCAUAUCGAAGUACCAAACGUAAGACUUCUACCUCAAAUUUUGGAGAUUCAACACCAAAAUCCCUUCCACAGGAUUGGCUAAUCUCACCGAGGUUUUUUUGGUAGCUUUUCCUCAGUCCCUCCAGGUGAAAUUCUGGUACAAUACUUUAAAAUAGGCUACUGCCACUUCCUUUCACAACCCUCCUCUCAUACCGCGAUUUCAGAGUUUUUCAAUCGCUGUGCCACUGCAUUUUUAAUCGAAACGUCUCUCUCUACGUGCACGCCGACAGUUCACAAAUAGUGCCAACGGCAGUGAGACCUCGUUUCAUCCUGUUUUCUCGUCUCAUUUGAUCGUUCACGCAUCACACUUAUUUCAGAAUAGCACAUUUGUAACAGGUCAAAUUCUGGUGAAUGCUCCAGGAUUUUUUUUUAAAUAUUUCAUAACUUUUUAAUCUAAAUAUUUUACUUAUCUCUACGUACGAGUCUGGCUCGGUUCGGGUUCCAACGAGCCAAACUCUUUUGUGGGUGUGGUGUCACGAGCCGAGUCUGCUACGCAUGCGCGGUAAAAUAUAUCCGAGCCCGGCUCACGAGUCAGACUCAUACGUGGAUUGGCCACUUAAGUCAGCAGACGCAAAGAGCUUCCAGUGCGCUGCACACAAAACCUCGUACCUGUCAUUGUCGUAGUCACGAUAAGGUUAUGAUAUCUCUGACAUCUCAACAUGGCAGGAUGUGGCAAUGCUAUGUUAAUUCUUCCAUGCUGGUAUAUUAUUAAAAAAAAACUAUUUUAGUCAGUGAAUUCCCAUGGUAAGCGUCAUUUAUGUCAUUGAAAAGCGACAAAUAUUUAGCAUUUAACUGUUAAGAACUGGUGAAGAUAUUUUUUUUUCAUUUACCUUAAAAAUAAUUAAUCCAGACCAGAUGUGCCAGUGUCUUUACAUGAGGUGUCUCUUGCGUAGCGUGGGGAAAGUUUCUACUUGGAGCAAGAAGUAAAGAAUUUAAUAUAUAGAAAUUUAAAUUGGGAAUUAAAAUUUUCUGCGUUUGAUUAGUAAAGUAUUCUCUCGUACCUCACGUUAGCAGAAACAAAAAUAUGACGCGUAAUAUCUUAAAUUCUGUCUUUAAUGUAAGAUAAUGCACCUUAAUCACAUACAUAAAUAUAAAUCUUUCAGCAUGUCCAAA